UCUUCAUAAAUAAUGCUUUUUUUUUUUUUUAACUUUGGUUACACUUGUUUUACAUGAAUAUUAGUAACUGAGCACUAAAGGACUCUGGGUGCCUACUAUAGGCCUAAAUCUAUUAUUUAAAAUUACUGUUUCACUUAACUUUUAAUUAAAAGAAAAUAUUAUUGUCUAGAAUUUUGUUAUAGUAGUAUUGGGAAUUUAUUAGGUGUUUUAACAAUAAGAAAAAAAAUGAUGCUGCGUUAUCCUGCCAUUAUAUUCCUUUCUUCUUUGUUAUAAUCAAAGUAGGUUUAGAAUUUUGCAAAUUGAGGGAAAUUAGGAUACUGCUCAACAUUUUAUAAUAAUAUAAUCAUAUAGCAACUUUAAUUAUGAUUUUCAACAAGAUUAUGAUACACAUAAAAAGCAUUAGUUUAAGUUGAAAAAUAUAUAUAUACUUGCCUAAUUCUAGGUAGCAAAUGUAACUCAAAUUUUUGAUCAUUACAGCUUUUACUUGCUGUAAUGUUAAUUUGCAUCCCAGUCCCUGAGGUGCCUUUAAAGUUAUUAUGUACUGCAUACCUUAAAGAUUCUUCUUGAUGUUACUGUUUUAUGAAAACUACACAUCUCUAAGUUAAGAGCUUAACUAGUAUAUCAGGUACCUGGAACUUCUUUAGCCCUUAGAUCUGUCACUAGGGUUAUAUAGUGUUUAUUGGAACUUGGGUAAACAUAAAGCAUCAUUAGCAAACUAGAAGAAUUAUGGGUUGAUGGUAGAAAUUUAAAAGAAGAAAAUAGGAGGAAGAAAUGGAACUCAGAAAAAGUGGUAUACAUGAAGAGUGGUAGAAUAUCAUCCAGUGCCUCACAAGUCACUUCCUACUUGUUGAAUAGGAACCUCAUUCUAGUCUGUCUUCUAAAUAGUUUCACAAGUAACUAUAGAAGUGUUUUUAAGGGGUUUUUUUUUUUCUUUGUUAAAUGUAACUCAGGAUGAAUGCAAAUUGUGAGAAAUUACAGAUCUUUCUAAAUUGUGCAUUUAAAUAUGUACCAGAGCAAGUGGUAAUGAUGGUGAAAUGUAAAUUACUAUUCAAUAUCAAAUUUUUUCUACAUAUCUCCCUUUGUAUUUAAAGAUGACGCUUUUGAGUUAGAAAAGACAAUCUCAGAUUUCUUUUAUAUUUUGCAGUUCCGCCAUUAUUAACAGACUUCAUAACCUUCAAAUGUUCUGCCAGUUAAAUUUGAAAUUGCCCUGAAAUCUUUGCUUAAAAUGAAUCACCCCUCCUUUAUUCAGGAUUUUUGCCUGUUGCAAGUGAUUUUCCUUUGUCCUUAGCUAUUCUGUAUAAUGUUAUGUAAUGUUUUGUUGCAUCCUUAACACUUUUCUUCCACCUUCCCUACUUGUAGUCUGUGCUUUCUACAGUUUGGGGUUCCUUUGGAAUCCAUUCUCUGCAUCUGUUCAUAUGUAGAUUUAUUUGCCACGUUCCAGGACCUCGUUGCAAGUGGUUCUGUCCCCUGGUUUGAUGAUGUUCCCAGAGGCAGGUAAGUGGCAUAGCUGAGGCCAGAUGUGAGCAGAAAGUCAGUUCUUAUAGUCAUAUAUAGGACCACUGCACUAACAACUUCUGAUAGGUUCUAGAGUUUGAUACCUCUAGGUGAAAAGGAGCUAGAAAUGUGGAGUUAAAUUCCCUGGAUUAGCAUCCAUUACAGGAAGGAAUGAGAAGAUGUUUGAGUUGAUUCUUUUCUAUUUUCUGUUCCUAGAAAUAGUAUGCAUUUUUAGUCAUUAAUAUUUUGGUCUUGAUUACUUUAAUAUUCCAGAAAUUUUUAUUCCUCUUAUAAAAUAAGCAGAUGGAAUGCCCCUGAUGACAUUCACUCAGAAAAUGCCUUGCUCUCCUUUCAGGGAAGUUGAAUUUUACAGAUUAAUUCUGGAUGUCUCCCCCACAGUUGAUUUUCUUCUGUACCGUUAAUGACCAUUUCUAUUCUCCUUUUCUGGGUAUUAUAUUUGUACUUAAGCUUACAUUGGUGAUUGUUGAGUUGUGUUUGAGGAGUGUUCAAUAUGCUGAAAAAGAACUUUAAGCUUGGGAGAACUGAUCUUGGGUCUAGAUUGACACCCCCCGAAAGAACUCCAGGCAUUCCUGUUCCUGUGGGCUAGUGCUUAUCCUUUCCAAUCAAAUAUUGACUUCUGAACUAAUCCCAAGGGUUUUUUCCUAAUGCUGACUAAGAGCAGAAAUGCUGCCUUGGCGAGAGGGGUCCAGGAAGCAGUAGACUUCAUCUUUCCUCAGCCUGCCUGGCCUUUGGUGAGUUUGGGGUGUUGACAAGAGUUCUGAGCCUUCUUGGCAGAGAAGGAAGGUCAGAAAGAGAGAAGUCCAUGGGCAGGGGGCCAGGUCCCUACUUGCCUCGUUAGGGAGAAUUCAGUGUUGUCUGUCUGGUUGGCAGGACACAUCUAAUUACAGAGACCCAGCAUUUCAGCAGUUUGCAAAAGUAAGUGAUAUGAAGGGACAGCUGCAAGACAGCCACAACGUAGAUCUGAGGAGAUCAAGCAUUUAUUUCACUUGGAAGAAAGAGAGAAGGAAGGAAGCUGAGGGCUUAGCAGGGUAAGUUACUUUUCCAUCAACUCCUCUGCUUGCUUAGUUUAUAGUUGAGUAAAGCAUUUAGCACCCCAGGGAGUGUUAAUCACUGAUUAGGCAGCUAAAUAUUGUCAUAAUAGCAAUGUUCCUGAUGUUUUUCUCAUUUUCUCUUUCUCUUUCCCAACCCCUUUUGAUGAUCUCCAAUGACUAGCUUCACUCCCCCUUCUCUUCCUUACCUCCCUAAAGACAUUUUUUUGUUUGCUGGUGGAUUAGAGAAAAUUAGAUGGGCCUUCCUGGUUUAGAGAUGGUGAGAAGAUGACUGUGAUUUAGGUGAAACUUGAGGCUUUUGGUGGUAAGGAGGGAGGAGGAUAGAGGACUUAGAUGUGGGAAUAGACUAAUAUUUUAGGGAAUUUGGAGAUGAAGAAUGGGUUUUUGUAGGCCAUCCAGUUCAUAUCUUCUCUCCUUGCCAGUCCUUAGUGUUGGUGUUCUCUUUCUUCUAUACUGGGAUUAAAUUAGAGCCCAAGUCACUGGGGAUAAAUAGAAAAAUAGUUAGUGAUUUCCUUUUUAUGUGGGGUAGACUCUGAAUUCUGGAAAAUUCUGAAAGCUUCCUAUAAUUCUUAGCAACUUCUCCCUUGUCCUGUCUUUUUUGCCUUUGUUUUUCUCAGUUCACUAUCCCUCCUCCCCGAACCAUUCACCUUGAACUCGGAGGAUCUUGGGGUUCAUUGUUGGAAACUUAUAACCAGGGAAACUGGGUCUGUGACUGGGGUACGCAAACUCAGACAUGAGCCUGAUGAUACAUAUAGAUGUAAAUGUGAAGACCUGGCUCCUCAUUCCCAACCUUCUUACCUUCCUGCCGUAAAAUUAGUUCAUUUGUAUCAGGAACCCACUCUAGACACAGAGGAAAACUAUGACAUCAGGGAUUUCACCCACACCAUGCCUCCCCAAGCCAUGUGAUCCCUUGACUUCCAGUCUGUUCAACGAGUAUUCCAUUAGAGUUAAUCUUCCAUUGGAGGAAGACUUCUCUUUGGAAAGGCAGAUAAGUGAGGCAGUACCUUUCAGGUCUUAAUUGGCUUCCAUUGCAGUAUAAAGGCCUUUGGUUGAAUAUGAAAGAUAUUUAUUAUUACUCCUGGAAUUUAAGACUCUUGAAUUAUCUCAAAGAUCCUUUUCCUCCAUACGUAGAAAGAAAAGAUGAAUCCAUUCUUUUGAGGUUUAAGAUGGUGUUGUCUUGCCUGAGGGAGCUGGAUAGAUAGAGCUGAUAAAUGCUUCUUCUAGAAUUGCAGUUAUGCUGGAAAUGUGAUGAGAAUGAUGAUUAAAAGUGGAGGGAAGGAUCAGGUCAGUUGUUGGAAAUGGGGUUCUAAGGUGUAAAGGCAGUUCCAUCCACCUUGAGUAAAGAGACAGGAACCUUAAAUCCUAAAAUAAUGUAUCAUCUUUAGGUCUAAUUUCUUCUCUGUUGGUGGGAUUGUAGAAGAUAUGAUAUACAGAUGAGCCUAAUUGUCUCUGUUCUGUGGACUCUGAAGCCAUCUGUUCAUCUGUGGGAUGAGGAGGGAGAGUACAGGGGUAGAAUGAAAGGACAAGGAGAAAGAAAAUACAAAAUAGUUCCUCCAUUAACCUCAGGACAGUGGUUUGCAAAAGCCAUGUCAAAAGAUAAUGGAUAUUAGCUGUAUGAUUUGGGGAGGACUUUUGUUUGAUUGUUCUGCCACCUACAUCUCAGCUGAGUGAUGAUUCUGGAGUGUUUUUCCUGACAGAUCUGGUCCAGAAGGAUUAAAUGUCAGGCCAUUUUUGUAACAAAACAUGACUCGUGAUUUGAACUUUAAUAGUUACCUCAUUCACAAUAAAACCAACCACUGUCAGCAUUUUUAUCCUGUCAUUUCCCUGUCCCUGAAGGCAGUUUACCUGGGGAAUAAUAUUUAUUUAUUGAAGUGUAUUCUGUUUACAAUGUGUUAGUUUCUGGUGUACAGCAUAGUGAUUCAGUUAUACAUAUAUAUAUUCCUUUUCAUAUUGUUUUUCAUUAUAGGCUAUUACAAGGUAUUAAAUAUAGUUCCCUGUGCUAUACAGUAGAACCUUGUUGUUCCUCUAUUUUAUAUAUAGUAGUUAGUAUCUGCAAAUCUUCAACUCCCAAUUUAUCCCUCUACUCAUGCCCCCUUUUUGUACUGGUAACCAUAAAUUUGAUUUCCUGUCUGUGAGUCUGUUUCUGUUUUGUAAAUAAGUUCAUUUGUGUCAUUUUUUUAGAGGGAAUAAUAAUUUUUUAGCUUCUGAAUCUCUAGAUACCUUUUUUUUAAUAAUUGAAGUGAAAUUCACAUAACAUACAGUUGAUCCUUUUAAAGCGAGUAAUUAAAUGACAUUUAGUACAUUCACAUUGUUGUGCAACUGCCACCUCUAUCUAAUUCCAAAACAUUUUCAUCACCCCCCCAAAAAACCCAUAACCAUUAAGCAGUUACUCCUUAUUCCCCCUUCCACUCAGCCCUUGGCAACCAAAGAUCUGCUUUCUAUCUCUGGAUUUACCUAUUCUUGAUAUUUCAUAUAAAUGGAAUCAUUUAACUAAUGUGACCUUUUAUAUCUGGCUUCUUUCACUUAGCAUGUCUUUGAGGUUAAUCUACAUUAUAGCAUAUAUCAGUACUUCAUUUCUUUUUAUGGCUGAAUUUUCAUUCUCUCUCUCAAUCUCUAUUAGUCUGAUAAACACACACAUAUGUUUUAUAUAUAUAUAUAUAUAUAUAUCCCAGUUUGUUUUUUCAUUCAUCUGUUGGUGACCUUUGGUUUGUUUCUACCUUUUGGCUAUUAUUAAUAGUGCUGCUAUGAACAUUUGUGGGUAAGCAUUUUUUUGAGUACCUGUUUUCAGUUAUUUUGUGUAUAUACCUAAGAGUGAAAUUGCUGGGUCAUAUGGUAAUUCUAUAUUUAACUUUUUGCAGAGCUGCCAUAUUGUUUUCAAUAGCAGCUGCACAAUUUUACAAUCCUGUCAUCAGUGUAUGAAUUCCAGUUUUCCACAUCCUCACCAACACUUGUUAUUUUCUAGCUUUUUGAUAAUAGCCAUCUUAAUGGGAGUCAAAUGGUGUCUCAUGUUUUUGAUUUGGGUUUGAUUAGUGAAGUUGAGCAUCAUUUCAUGGGCUUAUGGGCAUUUUGUAUAAUUUCUUUGGAGAAAUGUCUAUUCAAGUCAGUCAGUUUGUUUGUUUGUUUGUUUGUUUAUUUAUUUAUUUGCCAAAAUGUGCCUUUAUUUAAAUCUCACCCUGUGGUUAAAGUUCUACCCUUUGAAUCUCUUCUGAGGAAAACUUUUUUUUUUUAAACUCUGUGAUGAACUGUCAAAUACUUCAGAUUUCCUAUCACAUUUCUCAAUGAUUCUCUCCUCAGCUUCCCCAACCAAUGAUCACAGGUCAUGAUUCCAUGUCAAUUCAAGUCUUUUGCCCAUUUUUAAAUUGGGCUGUUUGUUGUUGUUGAGUUUUAGGGGUUCUUCAUAUAUUCAGGGUAUUAGUCUUUAAUCAGGUAUGUGAUUUACAAGUAUUUUCUCUCAUUCUAUGGGUUGCCAUUUCACUUUGUCCUUUGAUGCAGAGAAGUUUUUAACUUCGAUGUAGUCCAGUUUACUUUUUCUUCUGUUGCCUAUGCUUUUGGUGUUAUAUGCAAGAAAUUGCCAAAUCCAGUAUCAUGAAGAUUUUCCCGUGUUCUUCUAGGACUUCAUAGUUUUAUCUCUUACACUUAGGUCUUUAGACUUUACCGUCAAACUCAGACCAUUUUAUUUCAUUAAUUCCCAGAAUGUUCCCAUCUACAUUAGUAUGCUCAUACCCUUCUUUGUGCUUAGAAUUCCUUGUUCUCUGUCUUUGUGUAUUCAAAGUAUUACCAUAUUUCAUGGUCUAUUCCAACUGCUGCCUGCUUCAUAAAGUCUUCCUAUAGCUCACCUUCUGAAGAGACUCUCCUGAUCUCCCAUUACUGCUUUAGUUUCACCUUUCUGAUAGGAUUUAUAUACUGCCUUAGGGUUUGCAUCUAAUCCCACUUCAAGACAAUUAGAUGUUAAGUAUAUUUUUCAUAUUUGUUGUAGUAUUCUGCAUGUGAUUUUCUCUCUUUAUCAAUAAAUAUUUAUUGAAUGGAUGGAUGUUUUAAUUUUUUCCCAGUAUAAUCCAUUUUGUUUACUGAGCCCUUGUGAAAGGAAUGGGAGAAGACAAGCCAGGGAAGGAGGAUUUCACAUUGUUCUUGCUAUGUAGUGGGUGGAUGUGGGCUUAGUUCUACUUCAAAAUUCACCUCUUUGGGAAGUUUUUCUAAUAAUUUGCAUAAUGUGCUUUGACUGCAUAACUAUUAGCAUUGUAGUGCUCAUUUCAUAUUGCAUUUGAUUUCUACUUCUUGUUGUACUCUUUAUAAAUGUAAUUAUAAUCUUUUAAAAUGUAUGUUUUCCUUCCCCAACUAGAUUAGGUUGAGUGAUUCUCCAAUUAGGUGGUAGCUUUAGACAACCAAAACUUUUUGCUUUUUCCUCUUCUAAGUUUAUUUUUAAAAUACACUAGUAACAUAUGUAUAUAUUCCUUGUCUAAAAAGUCAAACAUUACAGGUAAGUCUAAAGUCCCCUUUGAUCAACCCAGUUCCCAUCCCAGUGCCUUUUCCCCUCCUCAGACUUAAUCUGUUACCAGUUUUAUAUGCGCUCUGCCAGACCUGUUUUAAAGCAUUUACUUACAUAUAUGCUUACAUUAUAUAUAGAACUUCAUAUGUAACACAUAUAUGUAUAAUUGUAUUCACAUCUAAUUAUUUCUUUUUCACAACUGCCUGUGGUGAUCAAUAAUCAGUAGAUAUGAAAUAAAUCUUACUGAUACCUGGGCCUGAGGGGCUGGAAUGACAAGUGAAAGGUCAAACAUAUGCAAACACAUUUAUGUUCAGUUUGCAAACUUCUAUUGCAUAUCUGUUCUGCAUAUAGUCUCCAGGUAUUAGUGGACAGGCCAUGGCUCCACGGUCCCGGCGACGAAGGCACAAGAAACCCCUCUCCUCAGUGGCUCCUGUGGUUGUGACCCCACCCACAGUUGUAACCCCUGUGCCUCUGACCCUCUCAAAACCUGGCCCUAGCAUUGAUACACUUGGCUUCUUCUCCUUGGAGAAUAAUGUUCCUGGCCUAUCCCAGCUGAUCCUUCAAAAGCUGAACAUGAAAAGCUAUGAAGAAUACAAGUUGGUGCUAGAUGGGGGUACUCCUGUAUCAGGCUUUGGAUUUCGAUGCCCUCAAGAAAUGUUCCAGAAGAUGGAGGACACAUUCCGAUUCUGUGCUUACUGUAGAGCACUCCCUAGUGGCCUUUCAGACUCCAAGGUCCUCCGGCACUGCAAGAGGUGCAGAAAUGUCUAUUACUGUGGUCCAGAGUGCCAGAGGUCAGACUGGCCAGCACACAGGAGGGUUUGUCAAGAGCUGCGUCUUGUCGCUGUGGACCGUCUCAUGGAAUGGCUUCUGGUCACAGGUGAUUUUGUCCUACCCUCAGGACCUUGGUCAUGGCUGACUGAAGUUGUACAGGGCUGGGACACCUGGUUUUCUAUGCAACGUUUACAGCUAGAUUCUACACUGGAUGCUGUGCUUAAUAGUCAGGCCAUGACCACCCUUUGGGCCAGUGCAGGACGGCCAAGGCCAGACCCACAUGUCCUGCAGGGCUCUUUGAAGCGGCUGCUGACAGAUGCCCUGUCACGGCCCUUGACGCUGGGCUUUGGGCUUCGGGCCUUGGGGAUAAACGUUGGGAAGGUCGGGGGAAGCACAGUGCAUGUAGUUGGUGCUUCCCAUGCAGAGACAUUCCUCACUCGCCCCGGGGACUAUGAUGAGCUUGGCUACAUGUUUCCUGGGCACCUUGGCCUCCGUGUAAUCUUGGUAGGUAUAGACGUAGCUGCUGGCUUUUCGCAGAGCACCUCGGCUUCACUUCUGGAACCUGGCACAGUUCAGCUUAGUGGCCAUAGGGGCCUCUAUCAUGACUUCUGGGAGGAGCAGGUGGAGACUGGACAGAUAGCCCAUCCAGAUUUGGUGGUGGCAUUCCAUCCUGGUUUCCAUGCUUCUUCGGACUUGAUGGAGUCUUGGCUACCCACCCUCCUGCUACUUCGUGAUUAUGAGAUCCCUACAAUGAUUACUGUUUACAGCAAUCAGGAGUUGACAGCAUCUUUGCAGAUUCUGGUGGACCUGGAUAUGCACAUCACAGCCUAUGGAGCCAACCCUUUUGCGUCCCUCAAACCUGAACAGGUCUAUUCCAACCCCAACAAGCAGCCAGUAUACUGCAGUGCCUACUAUAUCAUGUUUCUUGGAAGCUCCUGCCAGCUGGAUAAGAGGCAAUUGGAAGAAAAAGUAGAUGGUGAGGUAUAAAUAGCUGACCUCAAUCCUGGCUGGAUGUCUAGAAAAUGACAAGUUGUGAUGAAAUUACCUGCUAAUGCCAGGUUAUUGCUAACUUUGAAACCCACUAUAUCCUAAACCUAAUUCUCUCAUCUGGGUAGAAACUAAGCUAAAUGGGAGAUCCUAUGUGAUGUGACUCAUUUCCAAGAGGUUAGCUAAAUGUAGCUUCUAGAGACAGGAUUCUAGAUUUAGCAUGUGGCAAAAAGCCCUCACAUAAAUCUUUACAGAACCUAGAGUUCCUAACAGUUUUGCUUUAUGAGAAAGUUGUACCUUUUGACUUGAACCAGAUGGCACCAAGGAGAGGAAUGGAACCUUAUUCUUCUGAAAAAGACUUUCUUCUCAUCCAGUAAUUUGGGCUAAAAAGUGGAGAUACUAAUUACUCCAAGUGGUGGACAAAUAGGAUGGGCAAGUCAGAGAAGUGGUUAGGACAUGGGGGAGGUUGUGAAGAUUGGCACAGUCUUCUCUUUCCUGGCUUUUUCGAGAUACGUGUCCCAUUUUUGUUUUCUCUUCAGGACUUCUAGCCCUAGGGAAGCUUUUUGCUCUUGUGUUGUAUUUUAGAUAUCCCAGGGUGUAUCAGACUUUACUUGAAUAUAUAGGAACUUGUUAUCACCUGGUCUAUACCACAAUAAACUCAGUUUGGGGCUUAGUAAGUCAUUUGCUUUAUCUUAUCUCCUAUUCACUGGCAAGUAUUACCUGUCUACACAGAACACAUCAGGAUUGGAGGUUUCUCUCUGGCCAAAGUUGUGAUUAACAUCAGCUCUCUGUUUGGGCCUGCCUCUCUACCACACCCUGUCUCUUGUCAUCCUCUUAUCACACUCCCAGGACUAGGAGAGUCCCAGGUAUUCAUUCCUACAACCUUCUGUGACCUCAACCCCGCUACUUAUAUCCAGAAUAUAUGUAAAGAAUUCUUACACCUCAAUAAUAAAAAGGCAAAUAACUCAAUUAAAAAUGGACAAAUGAUCUGAGUAGAUGUUUCUUCAAAGAAGAUACACAAGUAGUCAAUAAGCACAUAAAAAGAUGUUCAACAUCAUUAGUCAUCUGAAAAUACAAAUCAAAACUAUAAUGAAAUAGCACUUCCUUCACUCAGAUGUCAGUAAUCAAAACAUCAAAAAUCAAAUCAGAUAACAAGGGUUAAUGAGGGUGUAGAGAAAUUGCAACCUUCAUACAAAUUGCUGGUGGGGAUGUAAAAUCUUGCAGCUAUUUUGGAAAACAAUGGCAUUUUCUGAAGAAGUUAAGCGUUGAGUUACCAUUUCAUCCAGCUAUUCUGCUUCUAGGUAUGUACCCAUGAGAAAUGAAAAUAUGUACAUAAUUGUUCAUAGCAGCAUUAUUCAUAAUAGCCAAAAGGUAAAAAAUAAACCAAAUGUCCAUCAACUUAUGAAUAGAUAAACCACAUGUGGUAUAUACACAGAAUGAAAUAUUUGGCCAUAAAAUGGAAUGAAGUACUGAUUCACGCUACAGCAUGGAUAAACUGAAAACACGUUCAUCCGUGUUCAUGUUCAGGGAAAGAAACCAGUCACAAAAGGCCACGUAUUGACUGGAUGCAUUUGUAUGAAAUGUCCAGAAGAGGCAAAUCUAUGGAGACAGAAAGCAGAUUGCAGUGGCAGCAUAGAGAUGAGGAGGAUGAGUAUAUUGGGGGUGAUGCCUGAAUGGUGUGGGGUUUAUCUUGGGGGUUAUAUAAAUGUUCUAAAAUUGAUUGUGGUGCUGGUACAACUCUGUGAAUAUAUUAAACAACCAUUGAACUAUACACUUUACAUAGUAAAUUAUAUCUCAAUAAAGCUGUUACCAAAAAAUUUAAAUCAUAAUGUAAAAAAAUGAGAAUAUUUGUUAAGUGGUUAACAGUGCUUAGCACAUAGUAUGUAUUUAAUAAAUGGUAGCUUUUAUUGAAUACAUACCACUUGGAAUUUUAAUCAGUAACAUAGAUUGAACUUCCUGUGCAAGAUGGUUUGACAAUGGAAAAACCAGGUGGGAAGCCAUUUUUAUGGUCCAGAUGAGAUAUUGCACAUGUCAGCUCAGGUGAUAGUAGUAGGUAUGGAAAGGAAAAGCUGUAACAAGAGAAGCAAAUAAGUAGAUAAUGACAUUUUAUAUCUAGAACAUGAAAGUAAAAUCCAUAGGGUCUGAUUACUGAUUGUGUUGGGUGAAGUGUGAUAUAUCAGAGUCUAACACAGUA